AUGUUCCUAUAGUAUAGGAGUAAGCGGUAUGCCUCAAAAUCUUGAACCCUGAAACUUUUCUACCCAACUGAAAAAAUAGUUGAUGAACAAACCACCACCAUCAUUGUGACAGACACAGUGAAUGGGAAGAUGGGCAGCUUACCGUCUCCUCCUCCGCCUAACCUCAUUUUCAGCACCAUCACCAUCUUACUCUAUUCGUCCCCUUUCUCUCUUUCUCUUAUCUUCAGAUCCCACUACCCAAUUUCGUCGUUUUAGACCCUUUUCUUCUGCACCAUCUUCAUCUUAUGCUGCUCUUGCACAUGAUUUGGAUUAUGGCUUUCGUGAUUCUUCUCAUAAUUAUGUAAAUGAAGUUCAAUCCUGCACUGAUGUGGAUGAACAACAACAAGAAGAAGCUGCCAAGAUUCCUGUCAAAGCAUUCUUUCUUUCCACAAGUAUCGAUUUGAGGAGCAUGCAGGCAGAGAAUGCUGGGAAUGUUGUUCCUCCAACCUCUCGCACCUCAAAUUAUGUGACGCUCAGAUUUUGUAAUACACCUUCGGCAAUGAUUGGCAUGGGAGUUGGGAACAGUGUGAUUUUCAACCGCUACAUGGUGGUGUUUCAAUAUGGAUCAGCUAUUCUUUUCAAUGUUGAGGAUCAUGAAGUUGAUUUCUUCCUGAACAUUGCUAGAAGACAUGCUUCUGGAUUGCUUUCAGAGAUGAGGAAAGAUGACUACAUGGUAAAGGAGAAGCCUGGGCUUGCUGAAGAUAUGCAGGGUGGUGCUGACUUUAUAGUUCUUAAACAUCUUGACACUGAUGGUAUUCGCAUUAUUGGAAGUGUGCUAGGCCAGAGCAUUGCUUUAGACUAUUUUGUGUCUCAGGUUGAUGUUAUGGUUGAAGAAUUUGCAGAUAUAAAUCGUGGAAUGGAGAAGACUGGAACUUUUACGAUGACUAGGAUGAAGCUUUUUCAACUAGUUGGCAAAGCAAAUUCAAAUAUUGCUGAUAUAAUCCUCAAAGUUGGACUUUUUGAUAGAUCAGAGAUUGCUUGGAGGGAGGCAAAAUAUGCACAAAUAAAUGAGUAUCUCCGUGAAGAGUACGAGGUCACUCAGCGUUUUGGAAAUCUUGAUAUCAAGCUGAAAUUUGUUGAGCACAACAUCCAUUUCCUGCAAGAAGUGUUGCAGAAUAGGAGAUCAGAUCUGUUGGAGUGGUGCAUCAUCAUCUUGUUGAGUAUCGAGAACGUAAUUGGAUUAUACGAGAUCAUUCGGGACUCGGCAGCUGGUUCAGUGUGAUCAGCUAGCAGAAGUUUAUUUUUUUGGCAGCAACCAAAUUUUGCAUGGUUUUCAACUUGAUUCUUUAUUUAUAGUAUCUAACUUAUAGCAAAUGAUAUACUACAUGUUUCAGCGACCACUGAUGCAAUAUCAGGUCUAAUAUUAAUGAGAUUUUCAA